AUGGUUGGAAACUCUUGUGGCGACCGAAACGGAGUCCGAAGAAUCCAUAAAGCCAAGAGGUCUGGAAACAACGACGGAAAAACCUGCCUCACUAUGUACGAACUUAGAAUCCUCUUCGAGAGGGCAUCGAACAAGUUUCUAAAUUUGAUUCACAUCAACUGGAAGACUUUACCUUAUCUCCAGUCCAUGGAAUACCGUCUUUCGCUGCCAGUUCGCUGUCUUCUAUGGUUGGAUAUACUGUUCUCACGCACGAGCGACACAAGGUCCCGGCCGAUAGUUAGAAUGACGACUCACUGUGAAAAUGUUCGGCCGGAAAAGUUGAAGACUUCUCAAGCAGAAGAGGACAAAGCAUACGAUAUUGGGAUUCUGCUUACAAGGCAGCGGGGCUUGAACAGCGAGAACGAAUCACCUUUGGCAUGGGCAGUCCGUGAAGGUGAUCGCUGCAGAGAUCCACAAGGACCAUAUGAAGAGCUGUUCAGCCACACCCCAACCCGCAUUAAUUACAAAAGGCUCGCGGAAGAAUCGUCACUCACGUUCCAACCAGCCCCUCAACCAACAGCUGUUGAAGAGUUGAGAAAGGAUUUGUUCUCAGCAGAAGAUACUGAUCUGCCACGCUACGCAGCAGAGUUGGAAAGCGAAGAGUCGAGAGAAGCGUCGGAAGCGACAUCAGGAGCCGAUCAAGACUUGCCAUCUGAUGCUGGUUCUCCAUUGCCGUUGUAUGAACGAACUUCACCACAAUUGGAAGAACAAGAGCAACCUAUCGCGGCAGAACCUUUUGUUGAUGCAGUGCACGAGGAAACCAUACGCCCGGAAAUACCAUCCAGACCAUUGCCGUCAUGGUCAGCCGAAGAAAUUGACAUCGCCGUUUCCAAAGCAGCAGAGGUUCCAUCCGAGCCAAUGCUCACGCAAGAAGAGUUAGACCACAUAGCGUACAUUCAAAGGCUCGCAGAGGAAACAUCGUUCGCAGCAGAGCCGUCGCCACAACCUACAUUAGCUGCGGAGGGUACUGGAGCAAUGGAUCAAGGCGGCGAGCUAACACAAGAAGAGCUAGACCACAUAGCGUACAUUCAAAGGCUCGCGGAAGAAUCGUCACUCACGUUCCAACCAGCCCCUCAACCAACAGCUGUUGAAGAGUUGAGAAAGGAUUUGUUCUCAGCAGAAGAUACUGAUCUGCCACGCUACGCAGCAGAGUUGGAAAGCGAAGAGUCGAGAGAAGCGUCGGAAGCGACAUCAGGAGCCGAUCAAGACUUGCCAUCUGAUGCUGGUUCUCCAUUGCCGUUGUAUGAACGAACUUCACCACAAUUGGAAGAACAAGAGCAACCUAUCGCGGCAGAACCUUUUGUUGAUGCAGUGCACGAGGAAACCAUACGCCCGGAAAUACCAUCCAGACCAUUGCCGUCAUGGUUCCAUCGACGCAUAUGCUCACGCAAAGAAGUUAAGACCACAAUAGCGCUUACAUUUUCCAAAAGGCUCGCAGAGGAAACAUCGUUCGCAGCAGAGCCGUCGCCACAACCUACAUUAGCUGCGGAGGGUACUGGAGCAAUGGAUCAAGGCGGCGAGCUAACACAAGAAGAGCUAGACCACAUAGCGUACAUUCAAAGGCUCGCGGAAGAAUCGUCACUCACGUUCCAACCAGCCCCUCAACCAACAGCUGUUGAAGAGUUGAGAAAGGAUUUGUUCUCAGCAGAAGAUACUGAUCUGCCACGCUACGCAGCAGAGUUGGAAAGCGAAGAGUCGAGAGAAGCGUCGGAAGCGACAUCAGGAGCCGAUCAAGACUUGCCAUCUGAUGCUGGUUCUCCAUUGCCGUUGUAUGAACGAACUUCACCACAGUUACCAUUGCCGUCAUGGUCAGCCGAAGAAAUUGACAUCGCCGUUUCCAAAGCAGCAGAGGUUCCAUCCGAGCCAAUGCUCACGCAAGAAGAGUUAGACCACAUAGCGUACAUUCAAAGGCUCGCAGAGGAAACAUCGUUCGCAGCAGAGCCGUCGCCACAACCUACAUUAGCUGCGGAGGGUACUGGAGCAAUGGAUCAAGGCGGCGAGCUAACACAAGAAGAGCUAGACCACAUAGCGUAUAUUCAAAGUGCUCGCUGGGAAGAAUCGUCACUCACGUUCCAACCAGCCCCUCAACCAACAGCUGUUGAAGAGUUGAGAAAGGAUUUGUUCUCAGCAGAAGAUACUGAUCUGCCACGCUACGCAGCAGAGUUGGAAAGCGAAGAGUCGAGAGAAGCGUCGGAAGCGACAUCAGGAGCCGAUCAAGACUUGCCAUCUGAUGCUGGUUCUCCAUUGCCGUUGUAUGAACGAACUUCACCACAAUUGGAAGAACAAGAGCAACCUAUCGCGGCAGAACCUUUUGUUGAUGCAGUGCACGAGGAAACCAUACGCCCGGAAAUACCAUCCAGACCAUUGCCGUCAUGGUCAGCCGAAGAAAUUGACAUCGCCGUUUCCAAAGCAGCAGAGGUUCCAUCCGAGCCAAUGCUCACGCAAGAAGAGUUAGACCACAUAGCGUACAUUCAAAGGCUCGCAGAGGAAACAUCGUUCGCAGCAGAGCCGUCGCCACAACCUACAUUAGCUGCGGAGGGUACUGGAGCAAUGGAUCAAGGCGGCGAGCUAACACAAGAAGAGCUAGACCACAUAGCGUACAUUCAAAGGCUCGCGGAAGAAUCGUCACUCACGUUCCAACCAGCCCCUCAACCAACAGCUGUUGAAGAGUUGAGAAAGGAUUUGUUCUCAGCAGAAGAUACUGAUCUGCCACGCUACGCAGCAGAGUUGGAAAGCGAAGAGUCGAGAGAAGAAGCGUCGGAAGCGACAUCAGGAGCCGAUCAAGACUUGCCAUCUGAUGCUGGUUCUCCAUUGCCGUUGUAUGAACGAACUUCACCACAAUUGGAAGAACAAGAGCAACCUAUCGCGGCAGAACCUUUUGUUGAUGCAGUGCACGAGGAAACCAUACGCCCGGAAAUACCAUCCAGACCAUUGCCGUCAUGGUCAGCCGAAGAAAUUGACAUCGCCGUUUCCAAAGCAGCAGAGGUUCCAUCCGAGCCAAUGCUCACGCAAGAAGAGUUAGACCACAUAGCGUACAUUCAAAGGCUCGCAGAGGAAACAUCGUUCGCAGCAGAGCCGUCGCCACAACCUACAUUAGCUGCGGAGGGUACUGGAGCAAUGGAUCAAGGCGGCGAGCUAACACAAGAAGAGCUAGACCACAUAGCGUACAUUCAAAGGCUCGCGGAAGAAUCGUCACUCACGUUCCAACCAGCCCCUCAACCAACAGCUGUUGAAGAGUUGAGAAAGGAUUUGUUCUCAGCAGAAGAUACUGAUCUGCCACGCUACGCAGCAGAGUUGGAAAGCGAAGAGUCGAGAGAAGCGUCGGAAGCGACAUCAGGAGCCGAUCAAGACUUGCCAUCUGAUGCUGGUUCUCCAUUGCCGUUGUAUGAACGAACUUCACCACAAUUGGAAGAACAAGAGCAACCUAUCGCGGCAGAACCUUUUGUUGAUGCAGUGCACGAGGAAACCAUACGCCCGGAAAUACCAUCCAGACCAUUGCCGUCAUGGUCAGCCGAAGAAAUUGACAUCGCCGUUUCCAAAGCAGCAGAGGUUCCAUCCGAGCCAAUGCUCACGCAAGAAGAGUUAGACCACAUAGCGUACAUUCAAAGGCUCGCAGAGGAAACAUCGUUCGCAGCAGAGCCGUCGCCACAACCUACAUUAGCUGCGGAGGAAUCGUCACUCACGUUCCAACCAGCCCCUCAACCAACAGCUGUUGAAGAGUUGAGAAAGGAUUUGUUCUCAGCAGAAGAUACUGAUCUGCCACGCUACGCAGCAGAGUUGGAAAGCGAAGAGUCGAGAGAAGCGUCGGAAGCGACAUCAGGAGCCGAUCAAGACUUGCCAUCUGAUGCUGGUUCUCCAUUGCCGUUGUAUGAACGAACUUCACCACAAUUGGAAGAACAAGAGCAACCUAUCGCGGCAGAACCUUUUGUUGAUGCAGUGCACGAGGAAACCAUACGCCCGGAAAUACCAUCCAGACCAUUGCCGUCAUGGUCAGCCGAAGAAAUUGACAUCGCCGUUUCCAAAGCAGCAGAGGUUCCAUCCGAGCCAAUGCUCACGCAAGAAGAGUUAGACCACAUAGCGUACAUUCAAAGGCUCGCAGAGGAAACAUCGUUCGCAGCAGAGCCGUCGCCACAACCUACAUUAGCUGCGGAGGGUACUGGAGCAAUGGAUCAAGGCGGCGAGCUAACACAAGAAGAGCUAGACCACAUAGCGUACAUUCAAAGGCUCGCGGAAGAAUCGUCACUCACGUUCCAACCAGCCCCUCAACCAACAGCUGUUGAAGAGUUGAGAAAGGAUUUGUUCUCAGCAGAAGAUACUGAUCUGCCACGCUACGCAGCAGAGUUGGAAAGCGAAGAGUCGAGAGAAGCGUCGGAAGCGACAUCAGGAGCCGAUCAAGACUUGCCAUCUGAUGCUGGUUCUCCAUUGCCGUUGUAUGAACGAACUUCACCACAAUUGGAAGAACAAGAGCAACCUAUCGCGGCAGAACCUUUUGUUGAUGCAGUGCACGAGGAAACCAUACGCCCGGAAAUACCAUCCAGACCAUUGCCGUCAUGGUCAGCCGAAGAAAUUGACAUCGCCGUUUCCAAAGCAGCAGAGGCUCGCAGAGGAAACAUCGUUCGCAGCAGAGCCGUCGCCACAACCUACAUUAGCUGCGGAGGGUACUGGAGCAAUGGAUCAAGGCGGCGAGCUAACACAAGAAGAGCUAGACCACAUAGCGUACAUUCAAAGGCUCGCGGAAGAAUCGUCACUCACGUUCCAACCAGCCCUCAACCAACAGCUGUUGAAGAGUUGAGAAAGGAUUUGUUCUCAGCAGAAGAUACUGAUCUGCCACGCUACGCAGCAGAGUUGGAAAGCGAAGAGUCGAGAGAAGCGUCGGAAGCGACAUCAGGAGCCGAUCAAGACUUGCCAUCUGAUGCUGGUUCUCCAUUGCCGUUGUAUGAACGAACUUCACCACAAUUGGAAGAACAAGAGCAACCUAUCGCGGCAGAACCUUUUGUUGAUGCAGUGCACGAGGAAACCAUACGCCCGGAAAUACCAUCCAGACCAUUGCCGUCAUGGUCAGCCGAAGAAAUUGACAUCGCCGUUUCCAAAGCAGCAGAGGUUCCAUCCGAGCCAAUGCUCACGCAAGAAGAGUUAGACCACAUAGCGUACAUUCAAAGGCUCGCAGAGGAAACAUCGUUCGCAGCAGAGCCGUCGCCACAACCUACAUUAGCUGCGGAGGCGUACAUUCAAAGGCUCGCGGAAGAAUCGUCACUCACGUUCCAACCAGCCCCUCAACCAACAGCUGUUGAAGAGUUGAGAAAGGAUUUGUUCUCAGCAGAAGAUACUGAUCUGCCACGCUACGCAGCAGAGUUGGAAAGCGAAGAGUCGAGAGAAGCGUCGGAAGCGACAUCAGGAGCCGAUCAAGACUUGCCAUCUGAUGCUGGUUCUCCAUUGCCGUUGUAUGAACGAACUUCACCACAAUUGGAAGAACAAGAGCAACCUAUCGCGGCAGAACCUUUUGUUGAUGCAGUGCACGAGGAAACCAUACGCCCGGAAAUACCAUCCAGACCAUUGCCGUCAUGGUCAGCCGAAGAAAUUGACAUCGCCGUUUCCAAAGCAGCAGAGGUUCCAUCCGAGCCAAUGCUCACGCAAGAAGAGUUAGACCACAUAGCGUACAUUCAAAGGCUCGCAGAGGAAACAUCGUUCGCAGCAGAGCCGUCGCCACAACCUACAUUAGCUGCGGAGGGUACUGGAGCAAUGGAUCAAGGCGGCGAGCUAACACAAGAAGAGCUAGACCACAUAGCUCAGUUGGAAAGCGAAGAGUCGAGAGAAGCGUCGGAAGCGACAUCAGGAGCCGAUCAAGACUUGCCAUCUGAUGCUGGUUCUCCAUUGCCGUUGUAUGAACGAACUUCACCACAAUUGGAAGAACAAGAGCAACCUAUCGCGGCAGAACCUUUUGUUGAUGCAGUGCACGAGGAAACCAUACGCCCGGAAAUACCAUCCAGACCAUUGCCGUCAUGGUCAGCCGAAGAAAUUGACAUCGCCGUUUCCAAAGCAGCAGAGGUUCCAUCCGAGCCAAUGCUCACGCAAGAAGAGUUAGACCACAUAGCGUACAUUCAAAGGCUCGCAGAGGAAACAUCGUUCGCAGCAGAGCCGUCGCCACAACCUACAUUAGCUGCGGAGGGUACUGGAGCAAUGGAUCAAGGCGGCGAGCUAACACAAGAAGAGCUAGACCACAUAGCGUACAUUCAAAGGCUCGCGGAAGAAUCGUCACUCACGUUCCAACCAGCCCCUCAACCAACAGCUGUUGAAGAGUUGAGAAAGGAUUUGUUCUCAGCAGAAGAUACUGAUCUGCCACGCUACGCAGCAGAGUUGGAAAAGCGACAGGUCGAGAGGAGCGUCGGAAGCGCGCCCCCACAAUCAGGAGCCGAUCAAGACUUGCCAUCUGACGCUGGUUCUCCAAUACUUUCACAUGUGCGAACCUCACCGCAAUUAGAGGAAAAAGAAAAGGAAGGGUCAGUGAAGUAUCCGAAGCAACAUCAGGAGCAGAUGAUGACAUGUCGAGCUAUGAGUGUUCUCCUCCUGCUGUAUCGAGCGAAGGUCACCGCCUUCUGCCAGGGGGUAUGGGCCGGUAGCUCAAACGUGUGCGACUGA